GUAGUGGCCGAUGUGGAGCACUACUCCGCGUUCUUGCCGUGGUGCGCGGGGUCGGAGGUGCACGCGACGCGCCGGGUGCGGGUGCCGCGUGAUGCACGGCGUCCCCCUACGGUCCCCGCCGCCGCCGCCGCCUCGCCUCUAGCCACAGGCUGCGAGGCGGAAGAGUCGGAGCUCGUCGAUGCGGUUGAGAUGACCACGACGCUGACCAUCGGCUUCUCCUUUCUCAAGGAGCAAUACACGUCGCGCGUGACACUCUACCCGAACCGCAGAAUUGUGGCGGCUCUCUACGACGAAGAGGACGUCGAUGUCGAGGCAGCGCCGCAAAACACCAGCAGAGCCAGCUCGGCGGCCGUUGCACCUUCCCGCGACAGUUACUCCACGCCAGGCACGGACAGCGGCGACGGGCUUGUGCUCUCCUUCUUGAGGAAGGCGGCGUCCACGGCGGGGGUGGCGGCCAAGCGGUCCAUUCUCCGGCACCUCCGGUGUGAGUGGGAGUUCGCCCCGGUGGAAGGGAAGCCGAACACGGUGGAUGUGCUCUUCUUCGUGUCGUUCGAGUUCAAGAACCCGACGUACCGCCAUCUGGUCAUGAACAACGUUGUGGGCCUCAUGACUCGCAGCUUCGAGCGUCGCUGCGAGAGCCUGUAUGGGCCCCCGUCGGCGACGAAGGUGUCGCUGCCGGUCCUGUCCUGA